UUAAAAAAUAUAUAUAUAAAUGUGUUUGCAGAUGUCGCAAGCGAGUUGUUUGAAACAUUCGUGUUCGGUGUUUGAAUUGGAUGCUGUGUUGCAUGCUGUGGGUUAACGCUCCAUUUGAAAAGCACCUCCCCACUUUUUAGUUUUUUCUUAACUCUGGCGUCUUGGUUACGAAUUCAGUACCGCAUUUGUCUUGAUCUCGGCACCCAUCAGCACUAUCAGCAAGGGAGAUGUUUGGUUUUCAUAAAUCGAAGAUCUAUCGCAGCCACGAAGGCUGCUGCAUCUGCAAGACGAAGUCUUCCAGCUCUCGAUUCACAGACAGCGGGAGAUAUGAGGAAACCUUCAGACUCUGUUUUGGGUUGUUGGAGGACCGGACUGGAGAUAUCUGCAAUGCCUGUGUCCUUCUGGUAAAGAGGUGGAAAAAGCUGCCCCUUGGGUCUAAAAAGAACUGGAACCAUGUAGUGGAUGCGCGAGCAGGACCAGGCUUCAAACUCACAAAACCCAAAAAGAUGAAAAGCAGCGACGGCAAAAAGAUGAAAAGCAAGCUCAAGAAACUCCACUUGAAAAGGCAAAACUCUGAUGCUCACAGCACAGCAUCCAGUGCCUCUCCCUCACAGUCUCCCAGCUACAGCAACCACUCCGAUGAGGGUUCAGAUAUCGAAGCCAAGCGCAGACAUUCCUCUGCUUCAGGCUUUUCUUUCAUCGACCUCACAUACUGGAAAAGACAAAAGGUGUGCUGUGGCAUUAUUUACAAAGGUCGUUUUGGGGAAGUCAUGAUUGACCCUCGGCUUUUCAAGCCAUGCUGCAGUGCAAAGAAGUCGGAGACCCUCUCGCAGCCAGACGCGUCUCCACAGGACCUGAAAGAAGACUGGUAAUUGAGAGCGGGUGCUGCUAGCCGUUCUCGGCACCCUCCUGGGUGCGCCUUUUUAGUGUUGUCUCCAGUGGCAGACUUGCAGUUUUAUACCCUUUUUUUUUUUAGUCUUGUUUUUAUUAAUAUUUUUCAUAAACUGUAAUUGGAACUUAAUGUAAAUGACUAAAGCCAGAUGAAUUGUUUUGACUAUUUUCAUUUUGAAAAUCAAUUUUGAUGGUUUUUUUUUUUUAAUUAAAAACAAAUUGCAGUUUAAACUAUGGGCAUUAGUAUGAUAUUUAUAGGAUCAGGAGCUUUAUUAUACUGGCCUAAAAGAGAAAGUACUCUGUUGUAUUUUUUUUUAUAUAUAUAUAGCAUUUAAAGACUGUAAAUAGUGUUUUUUUCUUUUUUUAUUAACAUGAGCACCAUUUGUAAAUACAGUAUCUAGAUGUGUCAGAGCAUUGCCUCCUGUUUUAUUUUUGUCUACUCUAAAUACAAUGUAGACAAAAUGGUUUCAUUAUAUCCUGAUAUACAUAAUACGACACAGACGCUCAUUGUGUGCCAUUUCAGAUCUCUGAGUGGAACCCAUUUCUUUUCCAGGUUAAGCAGUAGAGAAAUGUUGUGUGUUAUUUUGUUAGUCCUGAAAAUGUUCUGAAAGUACCUCACAAUAGGAAAUCCACUUUAUUUUGUGUAGAUGACAUCAAAUUCAGACGUGGUUGAUGUCAUCAGGAAAGAUAAAACCUUUUUAUUUUGUUGUGAAACACAGAAAAAAUAUCCUCACUUUUGUACACUUAUGUUAGAAAAUGUAUAUUCGUGCAUAAGAUGUCAUAAGCCUUUCUCUUUGAUAAUUGUUUUUAACGGUUUAAUAGAAUAUUGCAUAUCUUCUAUUAAAACACUUUAAAUGUCUGUUACCAUUUCUGUAUUUCAACCAAUGCAUUUCUAGGGCCCUGCGUGUGGUGGCUUCUGCAUAUUUGUUGCCAUGUGCUUGAAUCCUCGAUUUUAUAGCACAGCUAUAGUUUCUGUAAAUAACAUGGAUGUAGUGAUGCUAUAAUGUUUGUAACACAAAACUGCUUUAGAUUAAUCAUGGUCUUCACUGUAAAUUGCAAUUGUAAAUCCUGAUUCAUUCUGCCAAAAGUGGUGCAAAUUCAACAUUCAAUUCUAUAAUCCAUUGUUGCAGUUGCUUCUGCUGUUAGCCACAUAUUAGUUUCCGCAAAUGUUAUAUUUACAUCAUCUAAUGUGCAUACUGUACUUUUGCAGGUUUUAUUACAGCUUUAUAUGUAUACAAGUUUUUUUUAAACACUGUACUGAAAUAAAAAGCCUGAUGGGGUUAAUGUACGAAAGUUAAGGGUUGUUGGAUUUUUUUGGAAAAAAAAUCUGCGUUGCUCUGAAAUAUUUAACAGUGGCAUCUUCAGUCGUUAACUGUAAUUACAAUAUUAAAACCCUAAUCCUGUUUGCGUUGGCCUGUGUU